AUGUUCAACGCAGAGCGAAAUCCAUCCCCUAUUAUGGACUGGACCACACUGCCUCCAGAAGUCUUCGAGAUAAUCCUCACAUAUCUGGAUCUCGACACGGUCAAGGCUCUUCGUCUAACAGACCGAAAGCUCGCAGAAAAGUGCAUCGGACCCCGGUUUUUAGGCUCUAUUCAACAACCCAUUUUCGCUGUAUCGUCGCAGAAUCUUCAUUCUCUUCAUGCCUUGGCUUGCAAUCCUGCCCUCAGCAACCUGAUCUAUUCUCUGACCUUCCUGGCCACAAGCCUGGACUCGUCCGAAUUGGAGAAGAACGUGAAAUGUGGAAAACGCACUGUGCGACAAUCCCACGGGCACUUUAUUACAGCGACUCGGGUCGCCUAUUCCCCCGAGGAACUCUCAAACGUCAAAUCCAAUCUGACCUGGUUAAGAGGACAGCGAAGAGCAAGAGCUAAUGAGUCGUCGAGCGAGAUGAUUGAACUUCUUCAACUUGCGCUCAAAGGGUUUGGCGAGUUGGAUUCUAUCCAUUUAGAUGGUGCGGUCAUCGUCGGACGUACGCAGAGAGAAUCGACUUGUAAUGAUCAGUGGCAUCCGCUCUGGAUGCGAGCAUCCUACGUAUUCUCUUUGGUUAUGACAGCUAUGGUGCAGAGCGGGACCUCGGUGAAGAAACUCAAUGCAUAUCGCAGUACUCCUAGAUGCUGCAUUCCAUCUGGUGAUAUCACCACCUAUGCAUUAGGUCUCAACCCAAAGCAGCUAGGGAUACUGAACAAGGGCCUGGAAUCACUCCAGCUGAGUAUGUCUGCGGAGGUACAGAAUGCUCUUGACUUUGCCAAUGCUCUUAACGUUCUCGAACCAGAUGACGACACACCAGAGGGUCAUUUAUCACGCGAUGAUCCUCGUGCAGUGCUAGUUGAUGGGACACCGGGGAUUACAUCCCUACUCAAGUCUGCGCCUGCUCUUCGAGAGCUGGAUUUAUCUUUCCGUCAUGCCCUGGAAGACGGGACGUUGGACAGCUACGACCGGAUCCUUGAAAGUAUUGCCCAUGAAGCCCAGUUCCCGAUACUGGAAAAAUGUGCACUUUCUGGAUUCCUGGCAAAAGGGGAAUCGAUUCUGCUAUUUCUCCAGAAGCAUCCCGACCUCCGCUCUUUCACGUUGCAUGAGUGUACUUUGACCACUGGGUCAUGGACACCCAUUUUUUCUCAUCUAGACCAAUCGAUGCCAAGGCUAGACGACCUCAGCUUCUCGAACUUGUAUGGAAAACAUAGGCAGGAAGAGGAUGGCAAGCAGGAAGUCGAUGGGAUGGUGAAUCUACAACCGAUUUGGGACACCGAUCAGCCACCGCUUUGGAAAAGCUUCUCGACGGGUGGAGGGAGGCAAGUGCAUACCAGGAGCUUCAAUCGCGAAGAAUUGAAGAAAGGGCUUGUGUUUCGGCCAUUGAUCAGGGGGCGGGGACGACCUAAAGGCUCUCUUGAGUUUAUGCGGUGGAGGGAUUCUCGGAGAGCGCUUUAUGGACCUCCAUAG